CCAAGGCUGAGGAGGACCAAAAGCGUACAGAUGAACCGAAAGGUUGAGUUUGCUUCAGAUGAGCUUUUUGACCUCACCUCAGGCAGCAGUGGAGAGGAAUAUAUUCCUCACAGUAGUGAGGAUUCAUCUGAAGGUACAGACACAAGCGAAGUCAUUCAACCAGUCAAUCAGAAAGAGAGCAUGCUUAGAUUUCCAAUCCUAGGGAAAUAUGCUGACAUCCGAGAACUGAACGAUGUGUCGUCAAAGCAAAUCCUUAACAGAGGACGCUCACCUUCAAGAAGAGGGGGCAACUCUGGUGUGAGACGUAAAAGGCAAUGUUCAAGCAGUUCAAGACGUGCAUCCUACCCUACAACACAAGCAAGUAGUGGUCACUCAACAAAACGGAGUGGAGACCCUGAAUCUGUAUUACAGAAUACAACAGCUGAUCUGGAGAAAGAUCUUCCUGAAAGUGCCUCUUCCCUCCAUACAGAAGAUGUAGCUGAUGGUUCACUUUCCAUAUCUGCUGUCUGUAAAAAGGAGAAUGGGUCAAGAAUGUACAACAAAAAACAAUACUGUUUGUACUGUAGGGAGGGAUUCGUAAAAAUGGCAAGGCAUUUGGAGCGUGCUCAUAAAGAUAAACCAUAGGUUGCACAGGCUCUGUCCUUUCCAAAAGGCUCCAAAGAAAGACGAAUGCAUAUGGAAUAUUUGAGAAACAGGGGCAACUUUGCACACAAUGUGGAUGUAUUAAAUGCUGGUGUUGGAAAUCUUGUUCCUCGCAAGCAACCAAGGAAGGAUUGUCAAGCACAGAAUUUCCUGCAUUGUAUACAUUGUCAUGGUUUCUUCACAAAGAACGUUCUUUGGCGGCACAUGAUGACCUGCAAGUUCAAGCCGAGUGUUCCACAAAAACCUGGCAAAACUCGUGUCCAGGCCCUCUGCGCAUUUGCUGUACCUCCACCACCUGGUGUCAAGGUGGAAUUUUGGAAGCUGCUAAACAACAUGGUUCAAGAUGAAGUUUAUUCUGUACUGAAAUCGAAUUUCUGUAUCAUGGAGUAUGGUGAGCAUUUGUAUAACAGGCUUGGAUAUGAUGUUGGCAAACAUGAAUACAUCCGUCAGAAACUGAGAGAGCUAGGAAGGCUUCUGAUAUGCUCAAGAAAAAACACUUCCUUGAAGACCAUUAAAGAUCACAUCAAACCUGCCAAUUUUAUGCAAGUUGUGGAAUCAGUAAAACUCUUAGCAGGCUAUGACAGUAAAACCCAUGCAUACAGGUGCCCAAGUCUAGCUCUCAAAAUUGGACACAACUUGACAAAGAUUUCAAUGCUUCUUGAAAGCCAUGCAAAUCUACAGAACGACUACAGUGCUGCAAAAGAUGCUCGUACAUUCCGCAGAGUGUAUGAAACCAGAUGGAAUGAACUGAUAUCAGCCGCAUCACUGAGAACUCUUCAGGAGUCUAAGUGGAAUACUCCUCUGUUGCUUCCAUUCACAAAAGAUGUCCAGACUCUCCAUUCGUAUUUGGAUGUGCAACAACAAGAUCUUCACAGUAAACUGUCUACAGAGGUAUCCCCCCAGACGUGGGCAAAACUGGCAAAGGUCAUUUUGGCACAAGUCAUUUUGUUUAAUCGACGAAGAGCUGGGGAGGUGUCAAAAAUGACCCUUUCUGCAUAUGUAUGUCAAAAUCCAUCCGACCCACAUGAAGAUGUGAAUGAAGCCCUCUCAGAUCUAGAGAAGAAACUCUGUCAGCAUUUCAGCAGGAUUGAGAUAAGAGGAAAAAGGGGAAGAAAAGUUCCUGUGCUUUUGACCCCAGUGAUGAAGCAAGGACUGGAUCUGCUUGUCGGCACACGGCAGGAAUGUGAGGUUCCUCGAGAGAAUGUAUACCUAUUUGCAAGACCAUCGGCUUUGUUACCUAAUACAGAGCUGGAUCAGUUAGCGGAUUUUCUUGGGCAUGACGUUAGAGUGCACCGGCAGUUCUACAGACUUCCUGAAGGCACCCUCAAACUUGCAAAAAUUAGCAAAGUCCUCAUGGCUCUGGAUCAGGGACGCCUGGCAGAAUUCAAGGGCAAGACACUGGAUGACAUUAACAUUGAUCCCGAAGAGAGUCAGGUUACAACUACUCGGAGGGAAGAGAAUGACACAGCAGUGCCAGAUGUCAGUGAGAGCAAAUCCCAAAAGAGGGAUAAAGGUCGUCAGCCUUUCAAGAGAAAGAUGUGGGAGAAAGAGGAGAUCCUUGCUGUUAAGAAGCACAUGAUGUCCUUCAUCACUUCAUGCCGUGUUCCAGGAAAAAGUGACUGUGAUAAGUGCCUUGAACUGGAGAAAGUAGCACUUAAAAAGAGAAAUUGGCUGGCCAUUAAGUUCUACAUUAAGAAUCGAAUCACAGCUCUCAAGAACAAAGUUUAA